UCCGUUGCAUUCAUGCAAUCUUGAUGAGGGGAGAGAAGGCGCGGCGAUGGCGACGCUCGGGGGAUUUCCACUUCCACACGAAGUGGACGCCGAUCGUGCGUAUUAUGGAGCCGGCAGCGCUGUUGCUAUCGUUCCCUUGCUGCUUCUUGGCGUGAUCGUCAGCGUAUGGCAUCGAUCUGGGAGAUCUUAGGGUGUUGUUGAUCGCGCACUCUUUGGCGCUGCUCCAAGAAUGCCAGGGAAAUGGAGGGCGCACAGGAAAGGAGGAUUCGCGAUCGGGGCGGCGUGCUUCUGUUUGCUGCUGAUCUUGGCGGCCAAGGCAUGGUACUCCGUGUCGAUUCGAGAUGGACAAGCUCGGGUUUCCACAGAUCGAGAGGAGGCUGGAAAGAUUGAUGAUGCAUUUGGCAACGGGGCUCCCUUCAUCCGAUAUUCCUCCAAAAACGAAUCCUUCGCUGUUGGGAAUCUGCGAUGGCAACCCCAGCUCUCGGCGGCCGAUUACUCCGCGAAUGGCUUGGCAGGCCCAUUCUCGAUUCUCAAGCACGCACAAAUUGGAGAGCUCCUUCUAAAAAUUGCGCGUGAUUGGGAGGAGCUGAGGCCGCGCUUGGGCGAGCAAAUGAUUCGUGCGGGCUUUGAGGGUCCUUCCGAUAGAGCGUGCUUUUUGUGGCUGGAAGAUUGCUUCAAGCUUGGCAGAGACAAAUCCAUCGUAGAGGCUGUGGAGGCUAUCCUCGGGCAUCCGGUGCUCCUCUUUGGGCUCACAGUUUGGAACGCCCCUCCAAAGUCCCAGCAAGCUCUCAAGCUCAAGUUCGAGGGCUUCCAAUGUGAGACAGUGGACGUGCUCCUUAACAGCGGCGCACGUCUCGUCCAGAAUUCCCACACGAUGACCAGAAAAAUGGCCAUCAAGCUCGCGAACCAGAUAAAAGCCGCGCGGAGAUUCUACGGCGGCGAAAGUCCUCAGCUCCGACAGCAAUUGGAAUCCGUGGUACUCAUGUAUCUCGCUGACAAAGUGGAGGGAGCGGCUGUGCAAGACAUCGACUUGGAGCCAGGCGGAGCCUAUUUUAUAAACGGCAGACUGCUGUAUGGCACCUCGAAUCCAACCGAGGCUCUCCAGGCGUCGCUGUUACUUCAGUUUGUGCCUGCCAAUUGCACUCUGCGAGACCAAGAGGUUGACAGCUCCCACAUUGCGUUGGUUUCCAGGCCAGUUCUUCCUUCUACCUUGCUAGCUUCUGAGACUUCGACGAGCGGUGAUAACCUGACCUCGGACGGUCGCAACGACGUUAGACACGGCCUGGUACAUAGCGAGCGCCUAAGUUUCGAGGAGGAGGACUUGUUUGAAAGACGGGAGUACAGGCCGCCGGGAAUUUUACCGGGUAGCAACAUAACAGUGUUGAGAAGACGGGCACGGGCUACAGGUGCUUCAGGUGUUUACGAGUUCGCUCGCUCGCCUCUGCUGGAUUGGAUCACAGUGGAGAUGUUAGCAUUCAAAGGGACAGAAGCCGCUUUCAAGUCAUCGGCACACGAUCAAGUAGUGGUGGUGGUGAGAGGAACGUUGAACUAUCACCACGUUGGUAGUCGGAGAGCCUACAGGGAAGUGAAAGAGCUCAGGAGUGGAGAACUGGCAUUUCUUUCCAGCUCGGAGCUCCAUGCUUUAACAUCAGGGGCCGGGGUCGAUUACAUUCGGAUAAGCUGGGCUGGGAAACAAGGCUCGACGUUGUUAAGCUCUGGCGUGGGAAAGAGCAUCAACAAUGGAAAGCAGGUGUUUGCGAUGCCAGUGAGCGGUCUGGGUGCCAUCAACGCGAGGUCUGUCGUUUUGAGAACUGGCCAGGCGUAUGAUCCGGAGAACGAGGCGGACUGCGACGUUCUCGUUGUGGUGUUGAAAGGAGCGCACUUGCAGAUUGUUCCUUCUCAGGAGUAUUUGCAAGUGAACGAAGCCGUCCUCAUCCCUGCGGGUGAAGCCUGUAUCCUCUGGAAUUCCGGGCUCUUUCCAGUGACAAUAAUCGCUCUCCAGCUCUACGCGUCGCUCAAGUUUGACGACAAGGACUCGUGCUACUUGGAAGCGGCUUACAGAACUCGCGGGAAAGUUAUGUAAAGAUUUCGUGAGGUGAGAGUAGUAUACUUCUUCCAUUUCAUGCGCGUUUCAUCUCAUUACUUACAACAGCAGAUUUUUACAAAACUGGAUUGCACUGGCUA